CUAUCGUUUCCAGUGAUCAAAAUUCGCUUAACGUAACCAAUCAUCCCACGAUGUCAUCCUUUAAGAACAAAGUGAUUAUUGUGACCGGCGCUAGCUCUGGCAUCGGAGCAAGUGUCGCCGUCCACUUGGCCAGACUCGGAGGGCUCCUUGUCAUCGUGGGUCGCAACGUGGAAAAGCUAAAGGAGACGGCCGACAACAUUGUGGCAGCCGGAGGAGCCCCGGCCUUGAAACUGCGGGCAGACAUGACUCAGGAGGCGGAGGUGCAGCAGAUAGUGGACGCCACUCUGGCCAAGCACGGCCGCGUCGAUGUGCUCGUUAACAAUGCGGGCAUCUUGGAGACGGGCUCCAUCGAAACCACCAGCCUGGAACAAUUCGAUCGCCUGAUGAACACUAAUGUGCGGUCCCUGUACCAACUAACCAUGCUGGUCACUCCGGAGCUGGUUAAGACCAAGGGUAACAUCGUAAACGUAUCCAGUGUAUGUGGAAUGCGCGCCUUUCCUGGUGUCCUGGCCUACAAUGUGUGUAAGGCGGCGGUGGACCAGUUCACGGCCUGCGUGGCUCUGGAACUGGCCCCCAAGGAAGUCCGCGUAAACGCCGUAAAUCCAGGCGUGAUUGUGACUGACAUUCACAAACGUGGCGGCAUGGACGAGCAGACCUAUGCCAAGUUCCUGGAACACUGCAAGAUAACCCAUGCCUUGGGUCGUCCUGGAGAUGUCAAGGAGGUGGCGGCCGCCAUUGCCUUUCUGGCCAGCGAUCAGUCCAGCUUUACCACUGGAAUCAGUCUGCCCGUCGAUGGAGGUCGCCACGCCAUGUGCCCGAGAUGUAAUCGGAUUGCAGCCUCGAAAAUUGUUGACUUUCUGGCCUUCAAUGUCAUCUAUCACUAUCACUUCAGCCGUCCAGCGGAUCGCCUCGAGAUGCCCAGUUUUAAAGAUAAAGUUAUCAUCGUGACCGGUGCCAGUUCGGGAAUUGGAGCGGGUACUUCAGUGCUCUUGGCCAAACUGGGAGGCCUGCUCACCAUCGUAGGGAGGAAUGUAGAUAAGCUCAAGGAGACCGCGGAGGAGAUAGUGGCGUCUGGAGGAGCGCCUGCACUCCAGGUGGCAGCGGACAUGAACAGCGAGUCGGACGUCCAGGGCAUUGUAUCCGCCACGUUAGCCAAGCACGGGCGCAUCGACGUGCUGGUAAACAACGCCGGGAUCUUGGAACUGGGUAGCAUCGAGAACACCAGUCUGGAGCAGUUCGACCGCGUAAUGAGGACCAACGUGCGGUCGAUCUACCAGCUGACCUACCUGGUCACACCGGAGCUGAUCAAGACGAAGGGCAACAUUGUGAACGUGUCCAGUGUUAACGGCAUACGUUCCUUUCCCGGAGUCUUGGCUUACAAUGUUUCCAAGGCUGCUGUGGAUCAGUUUACCAGGUGCGUGGCUCUGGAGCUAGCUCCCAAAGGUGUCCGUGUAAAUUCCGUGAAUCCCGGCGUGAUCAUCACCGAACUCCAGCGUCGAGGUGGACUGGACCAGGAAGCAUACGCCAAGUUCCUGGAGCACGCCAGAAUCACCCAUGCCUUGGGUCGUCCCGGCGAAGUCAAGGAGGUAGCUGCGGCCAUUGCUUUCCUGGCCAGCGAUGAGGCCAGCUUCAGCACCGGAAUCAGCCUGCCCGUGGACGGCGGUCGCCAUGCUAUGUGCCCCAGAUGAGAAUUGAGUGGUUUAUCAGUAAUGCAUUUACUUUCCGCCGAAGUUUGGAUGGCAAGUAUGUUACAAAUAUUAAAUAAAUAAAUAAAUAAAUAAAUAUAAUUAAAGAAGCGCGUUUAAUACCUUGUA